AUGGCUCCUGCGACGACAAUGAAUGGGGAUUCGUUCAAAGUAUCAGAAAAGAUAAAGCUAGAAGCCGGGGCAGCCGCAUCUGUAAAUGGUCGAAAAGUUGUCAAAACCACACGGCCUAAUCCUUCUUUGCAAGCAACAGCCGACCACCGCCUGAAAUUGGUCGAAGCUCCGGUUCCAGAACCUGGCCGAGGAGAAGUCUUACUCCAUGUGAAGGCUACUGGAAUCUGCGGAUCGGAUGUCCACUUCUGGAAAUCCGGGCGCAUAGGCUCGUUAGUUUUUGAGGGAGACUGUAUCUUAGGCCACGAAGCUGCCGGAGUUGUGCUCAAAUGUGGAGAAGGCGUUACGAAUGUUAAGCCUGGUGACAGGGUAGCCAUUGAGCCAGGUGUGCCAUGCGGUGACUGCUUCCUUUGUUUAGAGGGGAGAUACAAUCUCUGCGAAGAUGUCAAGUUCUCCGGCGUCUAUCCUCAUGCUGGGACAAUUCAGAGAUACAAGGUCCACGAUGCGAAAUGGCUUCACAAACUCCCUUCCAAUUUAUCCUUUGCUGAAGGUGCCCUUCUUGAGCCUCUAAGCGUUGUCCUCCACGGCAUCCGCACUGCAGGUCUAAACCUUGGCUGUGGUACAGUAAUAUGUGGCGCAGGACCCAUUGGGCUGAUUGCUUUGGCCGCAGCGAGAGCCUCUGGUGCACACCCGAUCGUAAUAACAGACAUUGAGCCAAAAAGGUUACAAUUUGCUCAAGAAUUCGUUCCAUCGUGCCGAACUUACCGGGUGGAUCCCUCUUUAGACGCCGCGGAGAACGGACGUCGAAUCCGACGGCUCUUUCGCAAUGUUGAUAACGAUACAACACAAAAUCUCGGACAAGAUCUUGAUCAGGAGUACUAUGCACCGAGGACUGUUCUGGAGUGCACAGGAGUAGAAAGCAGCGUUUGCACCGCAGCGUAUACCGUUCGACGGGGAGGAACCGUUUGCAUCAUCGGGGUGGGCAAAUCGAUCAUGAAUAACUUACCGUUCAUGCACAUUUCUCUGGCUGAGAUCAAACUCAAGUUUAUUAAUAGAUAUCGCGACACAUGGCCGGCAGGUAUUGCAUGCCUUGGUGGGGGGAUUCUUGAUCUGAAGCCUCUAGUAACCCAUGUUUAUCCCCUUGAAGGUGCUAUUGACGCUUUGCAUUUCGCAGCCGACCCUAAAAAUGGAAGCAUUAAGAUUCAGAUUGUUGAUGAAGUAGAAGAAUAUGCAUUGCGGUAG